GCGGGCGACGCGAGGGUUAGGAACUGUCCGACCACUUAGCUAGCGAGACACGCCAUGGCGACCUACGUGGUCUUACUGGCGCUUGUAGCCGCUGCUACCGCGGUCCCAGCAAGAUACAAUUAUGAUCAACAGUUUUCCUGUGCAACGACAUGUUCUGCUAACCAGAACAAGUUCAACUACGAAGUAGGCGAGACCUACAUCUACGACUAUGAAGUGGACACAAAAACCUCUAUGGCGGGAGCCUCAGAGGAUACUGCCGAACUCAACAUCAAGCCUCUCUUUGACGAGGAAGCAAUUGCUGGGGAGGCCAAACUGCCCGUGUCCGCUCUUGUGUACGCUUUCUGCCAAUACCAGGACUGUGAAACCAACUACCACGUCAAUACCAUCGUCACCAAGAUCGCUGCCCCCAUUGGCUACUACUGUAGUGUAGACGAUGAGAGCCUGGGCAAAAACGAUGAGCUGUGGACCUCUCUGAGAGACUCCAGCGAGGACUCCGAGCAGAGAAUCGCCGCCUAUGUGGCUCUGAUGCGCUGCCCGGACCAGAAAACCCUCAACAAGAUCCAGGCUUUCCUAGAGAAUGUUGAAGAUGAACAGGUUGCCUCUUACAUCUACACCCACCUGAAGAACUUGGGAGAGACUUCAGACCCACACAAGCAAGAACUCGCUGCAGCAGUCAACAAACUGACCCUGAGAAAAGUUGAAGUGAGCCCUUUCAAGUCUUCCCGAAACUUCGAGGCCUCUGUCCUCAUCAACAAGCUGAACAUGGGUGCAGUGGUAGAUUCUGACCUGAUCAUGGCGUCCGCCGCUCCCGUGCCGCGAGCUGCUCGCCUCAACCUCACCAUGGAGCUCUUCGGCAACUCCAUCAACGCUCUCGAGGUCGGAGGUCGCAUUGUGGGUCUGGAAUACCUCAUUGAGAAACUGCUCGGAUCCUACGGCUACUCCUCCAAGUCCAGCCGAAAGCAGAUUAACAACUUGUUGGACGAGGUCAGGGCAUCCUCCUACGCCCGGGUCUUUGGAAACGAACUGUCAUUCCACCACAUGAAGGGAAUCAGCCCUCUGCUCAAAUCCCUGAAGAACACUCCCAACAUUCUGGAGCAUCUCAUCAGCUUUUUCGAGAAGAAGGCAGUGUCCUACAGCCACUCUCAGAAGAUCAUUGAUGUUUCCAUCAUUGUCCCAACGGCUGCAGGUAUCCCCAUGAACGUCGUGGUCAAUGGUUCUGCCAGUCUUGAUCUUUCCGCUGAGGGCAAAGUUGACCUGAGACAAACGUCUUCCCUUCCCCGAUCCCUGGAAAUUACUGGUGAUAUCAGGCCCAGUGCUGCUCUCGAAGUGUCUGGAGAAAUGAUCGUUGAUGCCCACUUCACCAAGCUCGGUCUGCGCAUGCGUAAUACCAUGCAGUCCAGCACCGGUGUCAAGGCCCUCGUUGAGAUCAACCGCGACAGUGAAUUCAAAGUGGAAAUUGAGCAACCCAGAGACAAAAUGGAGGUUUUCCAAGCGAGAUCCCAGUUCUACAUCAAGGUUGAUGAAGUAGAGAAAGAACAAGAAAUGAUCAAGGACAACUACAAGACCUUCAAGGCUUGCACAGGUGCCAUUGUGGCUAAAGUCUUGGGCACGGAAGUGUGUGGUGAGCUCAAAUACGCCAACGCUUCUCAACAUGAUGAUGCUCCGUACUUCCCCCUGGCUGGCCCUGGUAGUUUCAGUGUCGUGAUGAACAGAAAGGACAGCCACAAGACAUACAAGCUGUACGCCAAGAAAGCAGAGAACAAGAAGGGUCUGGUCAUGCAGUUCCAGCUGAACACACCAGGUUCCCGAGUGAACAGACUGAUCUCCACUGACCUCACCGUUUCCUACGACCCCAACAGGAGUGUCGACAUCGUUGUCAUUUCUCCAUGGAAGAAAGUCGAUUUCAAUACUGCUGUCGUGUCCAACCGUGGGCUGUUGAGUGUAGUGGGCUCCGCUCUCCUUGACGACAAGGACAAGUAUGGGAUCACAUCCGAGAUGAAGAUCUCCAGGUCGAGAAACCAAGUCGUGUACACUCCUUUCGUGGAGAUCACCAAGCGAGACGUGACUCACACCCUGCUCUCCGGACAAGUGGACAUGACUUUGUGGAAAACAGCUGAAGCCAACCUUGAGAUCAAACUGGCUGACAAACCCAUUGAAGUCAAAGGUCGUCUUGUAAACCUUGAGAAAGAGAAGCGAGCUCGCCUGAGCGUUGCUACUGACAAGAGGGGGGAGUACCUCAUCAACGUUGGUUCAAUCGUCAACUGGUCCGGAAAGGGCAAGAGCUUGGAUGUGACCCCCGAGUUUGAGGUGAAAACCCCAACCAAAACUCUGAUCUCCGUCACGGGUUCAGGCAACUACAGGGCUGAGAAGUUUUGCAAGGCUGAUCUUACAAUUAACUUGCACAGGAUGAAGCCCGCCUCUUUCUCCAUCAAGAGAAGGCAAUACAUGAAGAACAAACAGCCCAAGUACGACAUAGACAUGACACUCAAGUCUGCUUUGAUCAGCGCAAGUGUUGACUCCACCACCACCAAGAAGAACAAUGUCAUGGCCACCAAUGUGAAGGUCAACUACAAUGUCCCCUCCGUUUCCAAGAACUCUCUCACGUGGAGCGCCAAACUCACAGACAGAAGCAAGAACAUGUACAAAAAGUUCACUCUGAAGAGUGACUUCAGCAACAGGGAGUACCCUGACUACAAUCUGGGACUCACCUUUGACAUCGACCACAAAAACAAGCACAGCGAGGGGGAUCUCAAGCUCACCUACGGCCCAGACCCCAGGUCUAAGACAAAGGUGGUCACCCUCUUUGGCUUUUUCGACAGCAAGGUCAAGGAUCUUUCUAAAGCUGACGUCACGGUCCGACUCGGCGCCAAAGCCCCCGAGAAGGAUAUAAACAUGGCGCUGAAAGCCACCCACUCUCACUCCUCCAGAAGUUUGGACACAGAUUUGACCUUGAAGAUGGAACCUCUGAUGAAGAAGGACGUCGAUGUCCACGUCAGUGUGAAGGACAGAAGCAGGAAGCUUUUGAACUACGUGGGCUCUGGCAGGGUUGACAUUUUUGGCAAGAAAUACAACGUAGACUCCACUUUGACCCAGAAGUCAUCCAAGCAGUUCAUCCACUCGCUCAACUUGAAAACCGCUGAUGAUAAAAAGCAUUCUAUCGUCACAGUAUACAGGACACCCAAAGACCAAAGGCAUGAGGUUACCAGCAAUAUUGACCUUGCAGAUGCAAAGCCUAUUCAGCUCGAUGGCAAAGUGUCUCUCGAUAGUAAAAACAUGCAAGCCUCUGGAACGUUGAUCCACGACAAAGAUGUGUACAGCAUUACCUCGCGAUUUAAACUCGCCAAGAAAGCCGGAAGGUGGAAUAUCGAUGUGCAGACCCCCGAGCGAAAUAUUGAAAUGUCUGCUGAUGGUAUGAAGGCUAAAGACAAAUACAGUGGUAAAGUUUCCGUAAACUGGGAUGCAACCAAGAAAGCUAGCAAGCAAAGCACAGUCGUUCUGGAUGGUUCUUUCAGACACUCCGAGGAUUACGAGAUGACUCUGAUCAACGGAGACGUGAACUUGCAGACCCCCUUUCAAAAUUUUGAGAAUUUGGGCUCCAACAUGAAAGUCACUAUUGACCCAGAACGAUACAACGUGAAUGGUAAAAUGUCAUGGGGCCGCAAGAAAAUAUCAUCUGACCUGCUGGUUAAGAAACCACUAACUCUCGCCAAUGUUCAAGUUACUUUUGACACCCAGACUCCUUUCAGAAGCUACAGAGAAAUUGGACUCGAAAUUGACCACACGAUUAAUUCUGGUUUGAUGACAUUAGUAAAGGGCAAAAUGGAAAACGAAGAUGCUGAACUUAUGCUACAGGGACAGAACUCCGGAAAGUGGGGUAACGUUGAGCUCGCUGGCAGCCUGGGUCUUAAGACAUCGUUCAAAUCUGUACGGAAUCUUAAUGUCACUUUGAACCACAAGGCAGACUCAUCAAGGACAGCAAGCUCUGGCUUAUUGGUACACAAUGGCAUGCAAUAUGACGCUCUUCUUUGGGUGGACCAGAACAGCUAUGGAUCCAAGCUGGAUCACAAUACCAAAAUGGUUGUCAACUGGCCACAGAAUUCACUGGAAGCAAAUUGGAACCACAAGAGCACUGGCCUAAACAGCGUGAAAUCCACUCUUGACGCCAAAUGGGAUGGAAACAAACAUCUUGCGGUUGACCUGACUGGUUCCAACAAAGUCAGCUGGUAUGGCAGGACUGCCAAUGGCAAGCUCACCGUCAGGAGCCCAUGGAGGAAUUAUCGCGACCUAGUCAUAACGAUGAACCACGAGCACACUAGAAGUAAACUGCACAGUUCAUCUUCAACGUUUAUCAACAAACAAAGAGAAUCCCACUAUGACGUUCUGGUGGAAGAAGUGACUGGAGGACACAAGGCCAGCAUCAAGAUUCUUUCUCCAUCGUACAAGGAAGAAAUCAAUGGGCACGGAACCAUCAUCUACGAGAGGUAUCCAGCAACAGCAUCCGCUUGGUUGGUGUGGUCCCCAUAUCAGCGCAUUGAUUUUGAUGGAUCAGUAAAUGCCCCAUCUGUGGAUGAUAUGCAAGUCGAUGCCAAACUGACCACCCCCUUCACACAUUUCGAGAACAUCGACGUCAAGGGCUCUCACCAGCUGAAGAAUGGCGAAUACGUUUCUCGCGGUAAUGUUGCUUACGGUGUGAGGAAGAUGAUCGAUUUUGAGACCAGGCUGCGCAAUGACCAAUCUGUCAAAAUGGUCAGUACAAAACUUGUCACGCCAUUUGCUCAAAUGAGGAAGCUCGACACAGGUUUCCAGGUGGAUCUAAAACCGACUGGCAUAUCAGGAAAAGCUGAUUUUGAAAUGAGACCAUUGGUGAAGAAAUAUGACACCAUUGUCAAAUAUAACUUCAACCAGGGUGACCUUAAUGGCAAAAUCCGGGUGAACACACCUCACAGGUCGAUGAGAUAUCUGGAGCUUUCGGGAAGGAGCGAGAGAAACAACGAUGGCAGCCGAUCCUCUCAUAUAGAGCUGGAGCAAGCAUCAGUUGGAGUGUACAGUAUCGACACUUCAUACAGGACUCAAGCCCCAUAUCAGUUUGAUGUGACUGUGAAAACUCCAAACCCCGAGUAUACUGACGUUGGAGCCAUGGUCUUCUACAACCCAGGUUAUCGCAGCUGCCAAUCGAAGGUGAGAGUGACGUACCUGCCAAGGAAAGAAAUUGCAUCUGAGAUGAAGCUCAACUUGAACAGAGACAUUGAUGUUUCCUGGACCUUGAAUACUCCAUUUGAAGACUUUGAGAGCAACGCCUUUGUUUUCCGCACCAACUUUGAUCUCUCUGAUCUUACUAGUCACGCAGAGGCACGCAUUGGCCAGGACAAUACAGUUGGGGACCUUACUUUCGCCAACACUGGCUAUGUGACUACAGGAACAUUCAAGCUGAAUACCCCGCUCCGCGGUCUUGAGAAAAUUGAGAGCUCCCUCAAACUUAGGGGUAAACUCAACGACUUGAAAGGUGAUGCGUCCCUAAACCUUGGCUCUGAUGUUUUUAGGACGGCUUUCACCAACAAGGUGAACCCCACCCUUUUGAAACAAACCAUUAUCGUCUUUACUCCAUACACAAAGGACUUGAAACUUGACUUCAACAUUCAAGAUAAGAGCAACUAUCGCACAAACAGUUUUGAGGGCAGAUUCAAGGGUGUCUACGGGAACAAGGAAGCCGAAACCAGUGCCUCGGCAACAUUUACUGACUUGAAUAAUGUUGACUUUGAAUUUAGCCUGAAUUCCCCAUCUGACCUCUUGAAAUCAAUCAAAAUUACUGCAAAACAGCAUACCACUGGGGACGAAAUCUCUGGAAAAGCCACCCUAGAGUCCAACUUUGAGAACUUAAGAAAUGUCGAAAUUAUUUACUCCGAGAAAGGGUCUAUCAAUAACAUGAAAGGAAAAUUUGUUGUCAAGAAAGAUUCUGACGAGCUUAUCAGUGCCCUAGCACAAACGAGCAGGAGUGAAGGAGAGGUUCAUGGUAAUCUUGAAUUUAAGGGUCUCUGGAUGCCAACAUUGGGAGCCAAGAUGGAUCAUACUGGUGACUUGCAAGACUUUAAAACCAAUUUAAGAUUAGAGAGUGGCAAUGGAAACGUCCUGGACCAUGAAGUGGUCUUCAAGAUGGAUGACCUUAUCCUGGAUUUGACCAGCAGUACCGACUUCAAGACUAACAAUGGAGACUUCUUCCGUAAAGUCACCAUUCACAAAGAAGGCACCCUGGACGACUUCAAGAUCGAUAUCACUGAAAAUGCUGACUCUAAAACAUACGGUGCUGUCAUUCAGCUAGCAACGACAGGAAAAUUCGCAGCUCUCGCCAAAAUGACAGGUCUUCGAUAUCCUGGGGAUGUUAUCGGUUUUGAGUUCGAUCACUCUGGUGAUCUGGAAAAGUUCUUGACCACUGUCAAAGCGACCUUGAACAAACACGAAGAAAUCUCUGGAAAAGUAGACUUUUACAGAUAUCAAAUGCAACGCGUGCAGGCGGAAUUCGAGUUAUACACACCUUUUAAGGGAUACGAAUUCACAAAAUAUGAAUACAGGCACGAGGGAACGCCAAACGAGAGACUGAGCUGCAGCACCAACUUGCAGUACAGCGACAAGAAAAUGAGCCUUAACCUGGUCACAGUCUCACAUCCAUCCCCAAAAAUGCUUCUCACUUUGAAGACUCCCGUUCAAGACGUAAGCAUCUCAGUAGAUGCUGGUAAACGCAACUAUGACGUUCAUCUGAUCAUAAACAAGGAGGAAUUCUCUCUCACAAGUGUCCUUGACUCCUCCAAAUAUCCCUACCACCCAAUGUGCAAGAUCACCACCACGUUCCCUUUCUUGAAAGAAGCGGUGAUCAACGUGAAAGGUGAUAUUCUCGAUGGCUCUGCUGACUUGACUGUGCACAGCAACGACAGGAAAAUCGAGGCCAGUGCUGCCCUAAAGUACGACAACCCUCUCAGUAUGAGCGCCUCUGCCGAACUCAGUGCUGGCCGAGACUUGUUUGAGCCAUUGUCGUUCAGCCUGAACAACGUCAAUGAUGCAGUCAACGGAAAAAUGACCACCCUUGAGCUUGGAUACGGAGGGGAAAAGGUGCACGGUGAGGGCAGGUUUCUGCUGACCACUGACCCAUGGAGCUCAAAGGAAACUCGUGAAUUCUCCAUGGAUUUCAAGCUGCCUCUGCCUGAACUGAAGACCCUUGUCUAUAAUUUGAAGCAUACGCUGGGUGAAGGCACAGAGGAUGGCAAGCUGUACGUUCAAGCCAAUGGACACGAGCUCUUGGACAUGGACUUUGACAUGACAACCGUGAGCAAGAAAGCCGCCUCCGUCACCCUCCGCAAACCGUGGCCCAUGGACUACUCCGCCAGCGCUUUCCAUGACUCCUACAAGUCUGAGUACGAGGUUUCUGCCAACUGGAACAGAAACGACCCCGAAAGCAACCUGGUGCUGAAGAGUUCCGCAACAGACAACUCUAACCGGUACACCACCGACAAGAAGAUGGUUGUGUCUCUCGUCCUCCCUACCCGCACCAUGGGAUUCGAUUUUGACACCCAGGGCACAUCAGCAAAGGUCUCAAGCCAAGGCAAGCUGUACUGGGAUGACAAAGACACCAGCAAGGUCUCCUACCAACUGUCCUUGAACGACAACAGCUACAGGCGCAACCACGCCUAUGAUGCUUUGUUCAAGCUGGGUCUUCCAUUCAGAACCCUCGGACUCACCGGCUCCAUCAGGUGAGCCUAGCAACAUGCUGAGCUUCAAGGCUGUGUACCCCAACAACUCUGCCUUCGAGGCCGACCUCUACCAGCAGAAGUCCGGCAUUAAGCAGGAGGAAGGCAUCUUCUCUGCUCGUCUGGUCAACCCACGUCUGCUGCACUGCCGCCUCCACUGGAGACCUGAGAUGAUCCAAGAAACCGAGGACUGGCUUCUCCGACAGAUCAGGGAGCAGAGCGAGAGCGCCAAGAAAGAGCUCCGCCGAGUCUCCGCUGAAUUGGAAGUCGAGGUGAGCGAAAAAUACAGGGACAUCACCGAGUCCGUGUCAGCGGAUGCACAGCCCAUUCUGAAAUUCGUGGAAGACGAGUUCGCCGCUCUGGGACAAGAGCUGACCAAGAUCACGCGCAGAAUCAGGAAGAUGGUCCGCAGAAACGAGUUUUACCUGGGCGACCUCUCUGAGAAUAUGAACGUUGCCUACUCCCUUCAGAACUCUCUCGUCGAUGGGCUAAGAAAACUGAACGAGAAGUACACCAAGAGCUACAGCUCCGCCCUACAGGCCGUGUCGAACAAACUGGAGGAGAUGAGACAGUACCCCGUGAGCAAACUCGUGAGACAGGCCCUCGCUGACGCUAUCGGUGACGCCCUGAGGGAGCUGGACCAGAUGGUCAUCGCUAGCAUUGAAUACCUGAGGGAGACAGACGCCAGGCUUCUCAACGUCAACGGCAAAUCUGCUGAAGCAUUCAAGAGCGUCCAGGACCUGUACAACCAUCCCAAUCUCGAAGUCCUCCGAAAGAGGAUCGACAACCUUCGUGACAUCGAUUACGCCUCCUACGUGGGUCAGAUGCAGGAUUCUGUGAGAGACAACCUCCGCUAUGUCGGAAACAUGAACCUGGGCCAGUACUCAAAGGCCGCUCUCCGCGUCCUUCCGAAGAGAGUGAGGAACGCUGUCGAGAAAACUGGCAAUGAGGCUUACCAAGAGGCCAAAUGGGCAUACGCCUACUGGGAGGUCGAGGAGAACCUGCAAAAGAACAUCCACACCCUCAUGAAACUUUUGCAAGAAAUCAUCGAGGAUGAGCUGAAGGAAUUAGUGGACUCCACGUACAGAAACCCCAUCACCGUCUUCGACCCGGAGAGAGGAGUCCUCGUGCUGGACCUCGACUUGCCCAUCAGUGUGGACAGGAUUGACCAACUGCCCGACCUGGAGCCUUUGAUGAACGACGCCCGAGAAAUCGUGGACACACUCAGCCCUCACGCGAACAGAGUCUCCAAGUAUAUGAACAUGCUCUGGGAUCAGAACCAGACCAGCUCUACAAACGUCAGCCCAGCUCCGGUGCAGAGAGAACUGAACGCCUACAACCCAAUCAAAGUAGAAGAGAAAACAAGACGGUAUUACCGCAGGCGCUACUCAGGACUUCCAAGUCUUGGAGGAAACGGAUGGUAGUAGUACCUAAACAUCGUAGACAGUUGUAGUGUACAUUUUUCUAUGUCUGCAUUUUCAUGCUUGCUGUAACAGAAAUGUUGACUAUUGAUUUGUUUUUUAAAUGCAACAUUGGUUAAUGUAUGCCCUUGAAACGAUGUACCCCCCCCCCAGUCCCCCCAUCCUUUGACCCCUCGCCCAAAUUCUUGUGAUUUAUUGAAUCAAUGCAAUGAUAGAGUGAUUGUGAUUUACUAUUUUCUUUUUAAAUUUGCUUAUUUGUCAAUGUUCUUUUCCUUUUACGUAUUGUUUCAAGCACUUCCUUCGUAAGGCACACACAGCUGAAUGUCACUAUGUCAUCAAUUUGUUUCAUAAUACUUUCCCUUUAAAAAAACCCAAGCAUUGCAUAAACGUGAGUUCAUGGUGUCUUUGGCAAGAUGAAAACUCUCAUGAAAACUAAAUAGAAUUCACCAGAACUGGAUUUACAGGUACUAGGAACGUUUCUUGUUAUUUUACUUACAUUUAGGCCAAAAAGAUGCCAUUUGCUUUCAGAAUAUUAAAAAAAUGGUAUAAACUGUCUUUGGUGACUUGAAACGAUAGAUGAAACUUCCUAAAUUUGUCGAACAUUGAUUUAAUUUUAGAGGAAGAGUUAUGUUAUUAUAUUUUUUAAAUCAACUUUGAAAUUUCAAUGUGAUUUUCAAUAAAAAGCAUUUAUAAAGCAUA